AGUGCAGCCCGUGUCCAGCUGAAGACGACUUCUAACAGCAGCUGAAGCUGUUCUCACCUGGAGGGAAAGACUCUGCGUUUAAAGACACCAGAACUGCUUAAUCAAGGUGACAUGGUGGCCCAUCCUGAGUUUGAGCAUGCAGGUAAGAAGGCGGGGCUUCAGGUGUGGCGUGUGGAGAAGAUGGAACCAGUUCCUGUCCCUGAAACUCUGUACGGACAGUUCUACACCGGAGAUGCCUACCUGGUUCUGAAUAGCACCAGCAACCGCCGAGGAGACAUGCAGUACGACCUGCACUACUGGCAAGGUUCUGAGUGCUCUCAGGAUGAAAGUGGAGCGGCAGCCAUUCUUGCUGUUCAGAUGGAUGACUUCCUGCAGGGAGCACCGAUCCAGUACAGAGAAGUCCAGAACCACGAGUCCGCCACCUUCAGCGGGUACUUUAAAACGGGCCUCACAUACAUGCAAGGGGGCGUGGCCUCAGGUUUCAAACACGUGGAGACCAACGAUGUGGAGGUUAAGAGGCUGCUGCAGGUCAAAGGUCGCCGUGUCGUCAGGGCAACAGAAGUUCCUGUCAGCUGGGAGAGUUUCAACCAGGGAGACAGCUUCAUACUGGACCUGGGGGAGAAAAUCGUCCAGUGGUCUGGUGGUCAGAGCAACAGGUUUGAGAAGCUGAAGGCUACCUUGGUGUCCAAGAGUAUUCGUGACAACGAGCGGUGUGGGCGGGCUGAGCUCGUGGUCAUCGAUGAGGGGGCGGAGCCAGCAGAGAUGUUGACGAUUCUGGGCGAGAAACCGGACCUUCCAGAAAGUCCAAGUGACGACACGCAGACAGACGUGUCCAACAGGAAGGUGGCAAAGCUCUACAAGGUGUCCAACGCAGGUGGAGACAUGCAGGUGACUGUGGUCGCAGAGCAGAACCCAUUCCACCAAGAAUCUUUGGAGUCCGGAGAGUGUUUCAUCCUCGACAACGGAGCCAACGGACAAAUCUUCAUCUGGAAAGGUAAAGAUGCAAACAACGAUGAGCGUAGUGCCGUUCUUCAGAGUGCAGAGAAGUUCAUCCAACAGAUGAACUACUCACCGUACACAAAGGUCCAGGUCCUCCCUGAGCAUGGUGAGACUCCGCUCUUCAAACAGUUCUUUAAAAACUGGAAGAACCCCGAGGACACGGCCGGCUUGGGAACAGCUUAUGUCCCCAAUAAGGUGGCAAGGAUCAAGAAGGUGCCGUUUGACGUGUCCAAGCUCCACAAGUCGGACUCCAUGGCAGCGCAGUACGGGAUGGUGGACCGGGGGGAUGGGAAGAAACAGAUCUGGCGAAUCGAAGGAUCCGAUAAGGUUCUGGUGGAUGUGGCGCUCUACGGUCAGUUCUACGGAGGAGACAGUUACAUCAUCCUGUAUCAGUACCAGCACAAUAACAGACAAGGUCACAUCAUCUACAUAUGGCAGGGGGCGGAGUCUAGUCAGGAUGAAGUUGGAGCAGCAGCUAUCCUCGCAGUGCAGAUGGACGAUGAACUCGGAGGAGGCGCUGUUCAGGUGAGGGUAGCUCAGGGCAAAGAGCCAGCCCACCUCAUGAGCCUGUUUGGAGGGAAACCAAUGGUGGUCUACAAGGGUGGGACGUCCAGACAUGAUGGACAGUCCAAGUCUGCUGAGACCCGCCUGUUUCAGGUCCGAGCCAAUCCUGCUGGAGACACCAGAGCUGUGGAGGUUGAUGCGUGCUCCUCUCAGCUGAACUCCAGUGAUGUUUUCCUGCUGGUGUCUUCCUCUGGAUCCUGGAUGUGGAAAGGGAAGGGCAGCAGCUCGGCUGAAGCUAAAGGUGCUGAAUACCUGGCUGGGGUGCUCCAGGUGACCCCCACCCAGCUGGAGGAGGGGAAUGAGGAAGGUGCAUUCUGGGUAAGACUGGGGGGACAGAAGGACUACUGCCGCUCCCCCCGGCUCAACAACAAGAUGGACGCUCAUCCUCCUCGCCUUUUUGCUUGUUCCAACAAAACUGGAACCUUCAAGAUGGAGGAGGUCCCAGGAGAGCUGACGCAGGAUGACCUGGCUCCUGAUGAUGUCAUGAUCCUGGAUACCUGGGAUCAGGUGUUCGUGUGGAUUGGAAACGAGGCAAAAGAGGAGGAGAAGACAGAAGCUGCCAGAUCAGCUGAAGUUUACAUCAAAACUGACCCGGCCCACCGAGAUCCUCGGACCGCCAUUGUGACGUUAAAGCAGGGAUUUGAACCACCGACCUUCACUGGCUGGUUUCUGGGUUGGAACUGCAAAUACUGGAACAGUGACCCACUGGAGUCCCUCCUGCAGGGCCUGUGACAUCACUUCCUGUUUACAAAAAAGGAGCUAAUUAAAUAAAAUUGGUCU